UGAAUUUCAAUUGCUGUCAGUCCAUAUGCUCAUGGUAUCAAGCCGAUUGCAACAACAAUAACCACAACAACGACAGCAACAUGUCACAUGACUCUCGAAACGAAGAUGCCGCUCAAAGGCCGCUCCUCGCAGACCAAAGAGAUGAAAAUGCCGCAGCGGCAGGCAUCACUGGAGCCUCCAGCUCGGAGCCCAGCACCUUCUCCAGGAGUUUGGGAACUUUAGCCGCCUUCUCCAUCGUCGUAUCCAUCGUCAUCGGGAGCGGCGUCUUCACUUCGCCUGGGUCCAUUGACAGCAAUGUUCCUUCGCCGGGUAUGGCUCUUAUCGUUUGGGUCGUUGGGGGGGGUUUAGCGUGGACCGGUGUGAGUCACUUGUUCAUCGAUCCGUGAUUACCAGCAUCCUCUAUUAUAUUGCUUUCCUCUGGUUCUGGACCAACGGUGCUGGUUCAACAAGUGGAUAUAUCACUGGAAAUCCGCCAAGCAAACGCCGUCUCCCGUUUCUCAAUCCCGGAGUCAUGUCGGGGGAAUU